AUGUCUCAGCUCGAAGUGCUACCAACGGAACUUGUCCUGAAUAUUCUAUCCUAUCUUCCGUUGCAAUCAUUGUUCUCUUUGCAAUUGACUUCACAUUUCUGGCUCAGCUUUAUUCAAGCAAACGAAUCGACUGUCUAUCGCCAAGCUGCUCUAGUGCACAACUACUCAGCUUCUGCUGAUGCAUCUCUCCCUGACGCGAAAGCUACGCACUUGGGUGAUUUCGUUGUUGACGUUCAUACCUGGAAGCUCUACUGUCAGAGAUGUCUUCAAACGGACAGAGAUUGGGCUGGUGAAGGCUCAGCGACAGUGACCACUUAUUGUCGCGCAUCGUGCGACAUACAUCGACUGAAGGUUGAUGAGACUGAGGGCUUCCUCAUCACCACCCAUCAAAAUGGCGGGCUUCAGGUGACAGACCUCAGAACUCGCGAAGUUCUCUGGGCAUUGUCGUCGACAUACGUCCGCCCCUAUGCUCACUGUGAAUAUGAUAAUGGCUUCAUCAUAUUUGAUCGGUUCGGAGCUUUCAAAGAGGUGUGGAGAUUAGUCUCUUCGUUCGACCCGACGGACGCACCGACUAGGUCACUGCCUGAUGAAGACCAACUUAAUACUUCUGCGGAGGCAGACACUCUUUAUUAUUCACGGACCAAACGGGGACAUUUCAAACCUUGGGCCCUAUUGGAAACUCCUGAGCAGGGCAGGGCAUUCCGGUUUGCCUACCCGACACUUGCGGUGGUUUCUUAUGACGCCAUCUACCUUUGGGAUAUUACGUCCGCGACCCUCGUGGAAUCAAUCGGUGAUAUUCAAAGCCUGCAUGGAGGAUCAUCUGCGUUGGGCGAUAUCAACUAUGUCGACGUGAGCCCUCGAUAUGUCUUUUCAUCGUCAACCAAUUAUGCAGAGACUCAAGCUGUCCUUGACCCACCCGAUCCGAGACUCCUCGAAUCAGGUUCACUCCCCACAGUAUUACCCAUCGCAGUCCAUGUCAGUGCGCGGCAUUCCACGUCGCAGCAUGAUUUUACUGCUGGCAAGUUUUGGUUGCAUGUCUCUUCUUCUGGACGUGACAUCGCAGUACUUUGUAGUGAUAACAGGCUCAUCCUAAUACGCGACUUCGAGCGUGUGACAAAAGGCCCUGUCUCUAUUGCAGAAGUUGCUCUCGAGCUCCAUCUCAGGCCUUCAGAGGCGCGAGAAGACAUAGGUCUACAUGGUAGUUCCUAUUACUCGAUAUAUUUUGCCUAUUGGGAAGGCCGCAUCGGCAUUGUAACGACUUCCGGCGUAUACAUUUUAACGCUGGACGCCACGCUACACCUCCUUCCUUCCAGUGAGGCCCUGCCUGAUGUUGCUCGAACAAGUCUGGGCAUUAUACAGGAGCAUUCGUCCCUCGGUUCAAAUAUUUCCUUCCGUCACCUCUCAGCAUCCUAUAUCCCUUACUUUGGCAACGGUGGGCUGUUGAGUCAAGUGUCUUGUCUACAGAUGACGGAGACGAAGCUUUAUUUCACGUGGAAUUCAGAAGACAUACCCCCGGAAGGCAGUGAUCACGGCAAACGCAUGCAACCCUCAGAAAACGUUGAAGCACUCUGGGACACCGCAGCCAUCGAGGAUGAAGCAGGUCCUUCAGAUUUGUCUGCCCAGACGGCUGCAUGGAUGGAAACGAAUCAGCACGACACAGCGAUGGAUGAUGAAUUCAUGUCUGGUGGCCGCGGCCUGAAUUCUUUUAUGGUGGAUGGAGAGUGGUAUAAUGAGGAUGAAGACGAUUAUGAAGACGGAGAUGACUACGGCGAGUACGACUACGACGACUACGACGAACACCAUACAGAUGAUUGGGAUGAGAUUCAUGCAAGCAGUGGGCCAGUUGUAUGCUGUGUGGAUUUCAGUCCAUUGCACGAUUAA